CGCCUAGCAACGAAAUGUCAACUUCAGUUUCCAAACAAACAUUGAUAACGGUAGCUAGCUAACAAGCUAGCUUAAAACCUGUAGGUUAGCUAGGUACUGACCGUCCGCAGAGUUUAACAACAGGAUGGGGAAGAAAGUGAAGAAAGAGAGUGAGCCUCCUUCUAAGGAUGUGUUUGACCCCUUGCCGAUUGAGAGUAAGAAAGCAGCCACUGUGGUCCUCAUGCUCAAUUCCCCCGAAGAGGAGGUUUUGGUUAAAGCUUGCGAAGCCAUCCACAAAUUUGCAGAGAAAGGUGAUGAGAACAGGAGUUCUCUGCUGGGGCUAGGGGCUGUGGAGCCUCUGUCUCACCUCAUCUCCCACGAAGACAAGCUAGUCCGCCGCAACGCUUUCAUGGCCCUGGGGGUCAUGGCUGCCAACAGCGAUGUAAAAAGACUUCUGAAGAAACUGAAUGCCAUUCCUUCUAUCAUCAGAAAGCUGUCACCUGAAGAGGAUGUUGUGGUCCAUGAGUUUGCCACACUGUGUCUGGCCUCCCUGUCGGUGGACUUCAGCUGUAAGGUCCAGAUCUCGGACCAGGAGGGACUAGAGCCGCUUAUACAGCUUCUGUCCAGCCCUGACCCUGAUGUCAAGAAGAACUCUGUGGAGACUAUCUGCAACCUGGUGCAGGACCUCCCCAGCCGCGUGGCAGUGCGUGAGCUAAAUGGCGUCCCCCCGCUCCUGGAGCUGUUGAGAUCUGAGUUCCCGGUCAUCCAGCAGUUAUCCCUGAGGACGCUGGUGAUCGUAACCACGGAUACCGACACACGAGCCACCUUCAGGGAGGAGCAGGGCUUUGACAGGCUGCUGGAGUUCCUCUGCAACAAGGAGUUCAGUGAUCUGCAUGUAGAAGCCCUCCAGGUGUUGUCUAACUGUCUGGAGGACAGAGACAGUCUCCAGGUGAUCCAUGAGACUGGAGGACUCCAGAGGUUACUACAGUUCAUCACCACUCCCACCCUGCUGGACAUACAGACAAACGCUGUCAAGGCCAUCUCCAGGGUGGCUCAGAGCUCAGAGAACCGCAAGCUGCUCCAUGAGCAGGACAUCGAGCGGUCUCUGGUGGAGCUGCUGUCUCUAGAGGGUGAUAGUUUGAGGACUGCUACCUGUCAGGCUGUCGCUGCCAUGAGUCUACACCUGGCCAGCAAAGAUGCUUUCAGAAACCUGGGUGAGACACACACACACAGGCAUGUGCAAACACACCGACACACACCCGUGGCCCCAACCCUAAACUGUCCUUGUGUUCCAGACGGUAUCCGCGCGGUGGUGCAGCUGCUUGGUAGUGAGGGGGGCGAGGUGAGAGAGGCAGCAGCCCAGGCCCUGUCUAGCCUUACAAGCAGCAACCAGCUCAACUCAUAUGCUGUCUAUGAGGCUGAGGGAGAUGAGGGCUUGGUUCAGCAGCUCCAUGACGUUAUUCCCGGUGCGGUGGCUCACGCUGCGGCCGUCCUCACCAAUAUGGCUGAACAGGAAGUACUCCGCUGCAGCAUCCUGUCCCACGGGGCCAUGGCUGCCCUCCUGGAGCCGCUGCAGUCUGCGGACACACACACCCUGGUUCGAGCCACGCAGGCCCUCGCCGCUCUCGCCUGCGAUGCUGAGGGACGGGCAGACCUGAGGAAUGCGGGAGGCCUAGUUCCAUUGGUCCAACUGCUACGGUCCAAUCACAAGGAGGUACGCCGCAAUGCAUGCUGGGCCAUCAGCGUGUGCGCUAACGAUGAGCCCACUGCUGUGGAGAUGUGCAAGCUGGGGGCCCUGGACUUGUUGCAGGAGAUCAACAGCUCAGCUAACCGUAGGAAUAAGUUCAGUGAGAUUGCUCUACAAAGACUGCUGGACUCCAACCUGUCUCUCAAAUACAGCCUGACCAACACACUGGCCCCCACAGACAUCACUGUGGACGGCUUCUACGACCCCGGACAGGCUCGUUCUGGCCAGAGGGUGUUGACUCUAGAGGAUCUGUCUAAACAGCCAGUAAACCAGCGACGGCCUGUCAUUGCUAUUAACGCCAAACCCCUCGACGCGGUGUCAGUCGAUCAGUCAGAGGAGAGACAACAGGACAGCCCCACCGAGACUCGCACUGCAUCUGUACUCAGCAGCAAGGGCUCCACCAGGACUCCCAGUAAAGGGAAGAGUAAAGGGCGGAAGGAGGACGAGAAGCUGAGAGAUGAGGAUGAGAGUAAGCCCCAGCAGGAGGUAGCCACGGUAACAGAGAAGCCGUGGAUGCUUCCGUAUGAUGCUGCGUUCCACGCCCUGGUUACCGAGGCCACCAAGACCAUCCUCCCGCUGCACGUGGAGAGUGAGCAGUACAGCGCCUUAGCCAGGCUGGUGAGUGAGGUGAUGGGCGGGGCGGUGGAGGUGGACAGACAGCAUGACUUCCUGUGGGAGCUCCACCUCAGUGAGCUGCGCUACGAACUACAGUCCAACAUCAUCCCCAUCGGACAGAUACGCAAGGGAACCUACUACCACAGGGCUCUGCUUUAUAAGGUGUUGGCUGACCGUAUAGGUGUGAGUUGUAGCCUGGUGAGGGGGGAGUAUAACCGGGUGUGGAAUGAGGUCCUCCUCUCAGUUGGGACGCCCCACUACCCAGGGUGCCAGCCCCAGCCUAGAGCUCACCUGGUGGACCUCAUACACCAGCCUGGCAGGCUUCUGAGAGCCAAUACACCCCAGGCCAAACAAUACCAGACUAUAUAACCACACAUUAAAAUACACUUUAUAACUACAUCAUACCAGACUAUAUAACCACAUGUUAAAAUACACUUUAUAACUACACCAUACCAGACUAUAUAGCCACAUGUUAAAAUACACUUUAUAACUACACAAUACCAGACUAUAUAGCCACAUGUUAAAAUACACUUUAUAACUACACAAUACCAGACUAUAUAACCACGUGUUAAAAUACACUUUAUAACUACACCAUACCAGACUAUAUAGCCACAUGUUAAAAUACACUUUAUAACUACACAAUACCAGACUAUAUAACCACAUGUUAAAAUACACUUUAUAACUACACCAUACCAGACUAUAUAACCACAUGUUAAAAUACACUUUGUAACUAAACCAUACCAGACUAUAUAGCCACAUGUUAAACUACACCAUACCAGAUUAUAUAACCACACGUUAAACUACACCAUACCAGACUAUAUAGCCACAUGUUAAAAUACCCUUUAUAACUAAACCAUACCAGACUAUAUAACCACAUGUUAAACUACACCAUACCAGACUAUAUAACCACAUGUUAAACUACACCAUACCAGACUAUAUAACCACAUGUUAAAAUACACCAUACCAGACUAUAUAGCCACAUGUUAAAAUACCCUUUAUAACUAAACCAUACCAGACUAUAUAACCACAUGUUAAACUACACCAUACCAGACUAUAUAACCACAUGUUAAAAUACACUUUAUAACUACACCAUACCAGACUAUAUAACCACAUGUUAAAAUACACCAUACCCUGGGAGGCUGCUAAGGUCCACCACACAACCCCAAGUUAUACAAUGCCAGACUGUACUGUACUUUGUAAACAACACUAGACCUUAUAAACUGUCUGUUCUAGACUGUGCAGCUAUC